AAAUUCAAGCUUUUGGUUCAUACCCACCAAACAAACGGUUCUGAAUUUCAGUUUCUGGGUCUUGAUUCAUUGAUGCAGUCACAGACUACCCAGGGAGGAAGAGAAGUUUGGCUGAAAAGGGUGUUUGUUUCUCUUGGGGCACAAUGUGUUUGGGUUCUGGGAGAGCUGAAAUGCGGCUACUUGGUCAUGAUUGAGGACCCAAAAUGCCAUACAGGUAGAUCCAUUUGCUGUGUAUCGAGCAUGAGAAGGGUCCCUCGGUUUCUUGUUCCUCAUGCUCUUCUCUUCUUGAUUCUUGCAUCUUAUCUUGGAAUCAGAAUCACCAUUGUCUCUUUAGCAGCAACGGAGAAGGAAAUCUUGCUCCAGUUCAAAGGAAACAUCACUAAUGAUCCCUACAACAGAUUGAGUUCUUGGGUCCCUACUGGCAACCCUUGUGUAGAUUUCAGAGGCGUGUUUUGUAAUGCGGAUGGUUUUGUGGACAAGAUCGUUUUGUGGAACGCUAGCCUGGCCGGAGUACUUUCACCGGUGCUGUCGGGUUUAAGCUCCAUUCGAGGCUUGACAUUGUUUGGCAAUCGAUUUUCAGGUAAUAUCCCACAAGAAUAUGCCCAAUUGCAGACAUUGCGGAAGAUUAAUGUGAGUUCAAAUGCACUAUCUGGCUCCAUACCAGAUUUCAUUGGUGAUUUACCUAGCAUUAGGUUUCUUGAUUUUUCAAGAAAUGGUUAUGGUGGAGAGAUUCCAUUUGCUUUAUUCAAGAACUGUUAUAAGACAAAGUUUGUUUCUUUUUCUCAUAAUAGUCUUUCAGGUUCAAUUCCUGAGUCAAUUGUGAAUUGCACUAACCUUGAAGGAUUUGAUUUCUCAUUCAAUAAUCUUAGUGGUGAAUUGCCUUCUCGAAUUUGUGAUAUUGAGGUAUUGAAGUAUGUAUCUUUGAGAAGCAAUUUGUUAACUGGUAGCGUGCAGGAGGAGGUGUCAAAGUGCGAGAGGUUUGUACAUUUGGAUCUUAGCACAAAUGUGUUUACAGGAUUGGCUCCAUUAGGAGUAAUUCAAUUAAAAAAUAUUACUUACUUCAAUAUCUCACACAACGGAUUUCAAGGGGAGCUUUCUGAGAUUGGAACCUGUAGUGAGGGAAUGGAGUUUAUUGAUGCUUCGUGGAAUAGUUUGGAUGGUGAGGUACCGUUGAGCAUUUCAAGUUGUAGAGGGCUUAAGGUUUUGGACCUGGGGUUUAAUAGGCUCAGGGGAAGCAUUCCAAUUGGUUUUAGUGGUUUGACAAAGCUUUUGGCUAUUAGUUUGGCUAAUAAUUCCAUAAGUGGUACAAUACCAGUAGAUUUGGGGGGCAUUGAGCUGCUGCAGGUUUUAGAUUUGCACAAUCUCAAUCUUGAUGGUGAAAUACCUAAGAAUAUAAGCAAUUGCAGGUUUCUUCGUGAGCUGGAUGUUUCUGGAAAUUCUUUGGAGGGAGAAAUUCCUGAUACCCUUUACAACAUGUCAAACCUGGAAAUCCUUGACUUGCAUCAUAAUAGGCUGACUGGAAGCAUUCCACCAAAUUUAGGAAACUUGUCAAAAGUCCAGUUUCUUGACCUGUCCCAAAAUUUACUGUCGGGGCAAAUCCCUUCUUCACUAGGGAACUUGAAAAUGUUGACACAUUUUAAUCUUUCUUACAACAACCUCUCUGGUGUCAUCCCUAAUAUUCAAAUCCUCCAGUCUUUUGGUGCAUCGGCAUUUAUUAACAAUCCCUGGCUUUGUGGUUCUCCUCUGGACAAACCCUGUUCAGCAAUUGGGGGUGGGACAACUUCCACUUCUGGUAAAACCAAGGUCCUUAGUGUUUCUGCCAUUGUCGCCAUUGUUGCUGCUGCUGUGAUCCUUACAGGUGUUUGUGUGGUAACCAUCAUGAACAUCAGGGCACGCAGAAGCAAGAAGGAUGAAGCAACAUUGGUUGUUGAGAGCACACCUCUGGGUUCAACAGAUUCAAGUGUUAUAAUUGGAAAGCUGGUACUCUUCAGCAAAAGCUUGCCUUCAAAGUAUGAAGAUUGGGAAGCUGGGACCAAAGCUUUGCUAGACAAGGAUUGUCUAAUAGGUGCUGGGUCAAUUGGAACCGUCUACAGAUCUAACUUUGAAGGUGGGAUCUCAAUUGCUGUGAAGAAGCUCGAGACUCUUGGAAGGAUCCGAAACCAAGAUGAAUUUGAGCAAGAAAUUGGACAGCUAGGCAACCUUCAACAUCCCAACCUGGUUUCUCUACAAGGUUACUACUGGUCCUCAACAAUGCAGUUGAUACUCUCUGAGUUCAUUCCAAAUGGGAAUCUGUAUGAAAAUCUUCACGGGCUAAAUUAUCCAGGCACCAGCACUGGUGUUGGCAACAGUGGACUGUACUGGUCUAGGAGGUUUGGGAUUGCUCUUGGAACAGCAAGAGCACUCUCUUAUCUUCACCAUGAUUGUAGACCCCCAGUUCUUCAUCUCAACAUCAAGUCCACCAACAUACUCUUGAAUGAAAACUAUGAGGCCAAGUUGUCUGAUUAUGGCUUGGGGAAGUUGCUUCCCAUUUUAGAUAACCAUGGUUUGACUAAAUUCCACAAUGCAGUUGGUUAUGUUGCACCAGAGUUGGCUCAAAGUUUGAGACUUAGUGAGAAAUGCGAUGUUUAUAGCUUUGGAGUAAUUCUUUUGGAGUUGGUAAGUGGAAGGAAACCAGUUGAAAGUCCAACAGCAAAUGAGGUGGUGAUUUUGUGUGAAUAUGUUAGGGGAUUGUUGGAGAGGGGUUCAGCUUCAGAUUGUUUUGAUCGAAGCUUGCGCGGUUUUGCAGAGAAUGAAUUGAUUCAGGUCAUGAAGUUGGGUUUGAUUUGCACGUCAGAUGUUCCUUCAAGAAGACCAAGUAUGGCUGAGGCUGUUCAGGUUCUCGAGUCCAUUAGACCUGGACUGGAAUCAUAAUGCUGAAGGUACCUCUCUUUUGCUGAUUCAUCUCAACAUUCAAACCAAGAAAUAAACUUGAAUGUUCAAAGAAAUGUUAAUAUGUUCAGUUGUGCAGUGGAGAGAAGAUUGCUUGUUCGGGUAAAAAUGAAUAGGCAAAGAAAUUUAUUCUUUUGUAUCCAUUUUUGAGAUUACCAUCAUUAAUUUGUUCUUGAAAUUUGUAAUUUCAUUUGAACAGAAACAUUUAUUAAUCAGGCUUUUAGCUACACAUGAAACAAUAAUAAAUCAAAGCUUCAGUU